GCUCGGUGAUGGUAACGGCAACAUCCAGAGAAUAAUAGUCACACGAACUUCAAGCCGAUUGAUCUUCUGCUCCAAAGGUUUGAACAUCGACAAACGCAGGCGAAAUCUACAGAUCGGCGCAUCGCAUCAUCGUCCUACCUCACCUCCCAAAACCUUACCAAACCUCUUAACCCGAUCGAGCUCCGAUCACAACACCCAUCUCAUACCUCCUGCCGACCCACACCCCUACGCAAGGGUAACAGCACCAUGUCAACGUACAGCAGAAUAACGACAAGAUGCCUCCAUACCACCCGACCGGCCCGGGCGAGGCUACAGGAUAAACAGAACCAUUACGAUGUCCUCCAGGUCGGGCGGGGGAGUUCGAAGAGGGACAUCAAGAAUCGGUUUUACGAGUUGUCGAAAAAAGCCCACCCAGACGUCCCAGGCGGAAACAGGGCGACAUUCGAGAAACUGUCCGAGGCAUACAGCGUGCUCGGGGACGAUUCUAAACGGCGGCAAUACGACAUCUCCCUCCAACCACGUUCAUCCUCCGGCGUAACCCAUUCAACACCCUACUACUCCCCUCACUCUCCAUACCUCCGUUCCCAACGACCGGGGAAUCAAACGGGCCCACAUCGAGCCUGGGCAGGAACGGCCAAAUCAGCAACAGGCCAAGGAUCUACCUACUCUCGCCCCCAAAACGCCGGUUCGUGGACGGACUACGGGUUCGCCGAACGCACCGGCGGAGCGGCAGGGAGACGCCAUUCGGCUCCUCCACCGCAGUUCGGGUCUGGGAGUCAUCAUCCCAACUUGCAUCGAUAUCCAUUCGGAGGAGGUCGUUCACCCGGGUCUGGAUCUGGAUCUACGCAGGGUGGAGGUGGAGGCGGGGGUGGUGGGCUGGGCGACGAUGGAGGGGAAGAGAUCAGGAAAGAUAGCGGCGUCCUGAGGUUCUUCGGGGUGUUGGCCAUGUUGAUGACCGUCAUAGGCUUGGGUGGGGGGUUCAACGCUAGAGCGGAUGAAAGGCCACAGGGAGAUUUGCGGAAUGGGGACGAGGUGUGGUCGAGCGAUGGCGGGAAUGAGACUGAUGGCCGGAUGGAAAUCGAGACUCGAUGCAGGAGGCCGGAGGAGUCUUGAUCUCGAACAUGAACUCAAUCGUAACAUGUAGCCCGCUUCCGAUCCCCCCUGUACCCCAGUUGUACCCUCAUCUCGACAAGGUCUAUUGUAACUCAUCCGGCUCGACCGCAUCUCGCUAUCAUACCCAAGCGGAUCCAGCGGGGACAAGGUCGAUUUCAUUGGUAUCGAUCGCAUGUAUAGUUGAAGCAUGGCUGUCGUCAAACAUGUUAUAACAGCUUGAGGUGCCCCGUCACCUGGUUGAUCAGCUUGACCGGGCCUCUAAUAGGUAGGACGGCAUGCGGACAGAGGAGGAACGCAAGACGAGAAAAUCAAUGGAGAGCAUCAGCUUGGGUAUUGCAGGACCUUCUCGCUCUCCCUCAUCAUCCAUCACUUUCCAUCUGACGAAGAAGAAGCCUAGACCAGCCGAUAAAACCCCGAAAAAGCCUACUCACGGUCCGAUCCCCAAAACAGUCUU